CGGCGGAGCGGGGCCGGGGGCCGGAGCGGGCUCGGCCGGGGCCCGUCGGGGCGUGCCGUCGGGGCUGCGGGCCAGGCGGGCCGCCUGCUGCCGCUGCAGGCUCUCCAUCACCGCCGCCAGCCGCAGCCCCCCCGGCGGCCCGGACCCCCGCGGUGGGGCGGCCGGCUGCGGGCACAGGGCACGGCCUCAGAGGACGAGGAGGAGGAGGAGGAGGGAAGGGAGGAAGCACCUCCACCCCCCGAGACCCGCCGCCCCCCCCCGCAUCACGAGUGGACCUACGAGGAGCAGUUCAAGCAGCUCUACGAACUGGACGAGGACCCGAAACGCAAGGAGUUCCUGGACGACCUCUUCAGCUUCAUGCAGAAGAGAGGUAAAGGGACACCCGUGAACCGCAUCCCCAUCAUGGCCAAGCAAGUGCUGGACCUCUACACGCUGUACCGGCUGGUGACAGACAAGGGCGGCCUGGUGGAAGUCAUCAACAAGAAGAUCUGGCGGGAGAUCACCAAGGGCCUCAACCUACCUACCUCCAUCACCAGCGCUGCCUUCACCCUCCGCACGCAAUACAUGAAGUACCUGUACCCCUACGAAUGCGAGAAGCGGGCGCUCAGCUCGCCCGGGGAGCUGCAGGCCGCCAUCGACAGCAACCGGCGGGAGGGACGGAGGCAGACUUUCGGCGCUGCGCUCUUCAACUACUCGCCCGCCGGCACCCCGACCCUGCUGGGCUCCCCCAAAAUGCCCCUGCCGGCCCUCAGCAUCUCCACGCACAGCUGCGGCCAGAUGGGCCAAGUGCACGGCGUGAAGAAAGAGGACGGCGCGGUGCCGGCGGUGCCGGGGCGCAUCGCCAUCCCGGUGGGGCUGGCCGGACACCACCUCGCGGCGGCCCAGGCGGCAGCAGCGGCGGCCUCGCAGGCGGCGGUGCUGGAGCAGCUGCGGGAGAAGCUGGAGACGGGGGAGCCCCCGGCGAAGAAGGUGGCCCUGACGGCGGAGGAGCAGCAGCGGCUGAUGCAGCAGGCUCUGCAGCACAACCUCCUGGCCGUGGCCUCCCAGUUCCCCAUGAACAUCAAGGUCUCCAACCGAGAUGACAGACAGGAGACCGCAUUGAACCUGUCCACCAACGGCAUUAGCAGUAUCAACAUGUCAAUAGAAAUAAAUGGAGUUGUCUACACAGGUGUCCUGUUUGCCCGCCGGCCCGCAGCCCCACCGGCACCCACUGGAGGGAACACCCAGAGCCGGCUGAACCCCGCAGCCACCCCGAACCCGCUGCCACCAGCCCCCUCGCACAGCCACACUCCUGCCAGCACCGCGCCGUAGGGGCGAUGCUCCCCAAAGCACACGGGGUCCCUGGAGAGGGCGUGGGGUCUGCGCUCCCGGCCGUGGGGCAGGGAUGUGCCCAGUGGGGUCUGGGGAUGGAGGGUGGCUCUUGGUGCCGAGCGGAGCCAUGGCCAUGCAAAGCCAAGCACCCACAGGGCCCUUUUGUCCUUCACCCCCCAGGUGUGGGGCCCCUUGCCCGCAUGCACCCCCAAAACAUGCCUUCUGUGACCUCCCCCCCCCCCAAAAAAAAAAAAGCUCCUGCUGGCCUGGGCACCCCUGCACUCUGCGGCCCCUCUGGGCACCUCGAUGCACUCGCUACAUCCCCCCGAUGCACACACUGCAGCCCCUGUACUCACCUCGAAGCACACGCUGUCCCCCCCACAUUGGCACACGUGGCAUCCCCCAUACCCCCCCACACCUCAUUGCACGCUGUGCUCCCUAUACACGCUGGCAAUGCAAGCACUGCAUCCCCCCGCACUGCACCCCCCCCCCCGUACAUCACACUCUGCGCCCCCUACACCCACCCUACACCCCCUGCACACUCGGUGCAGUCACUGCAGACCCCUUCUUUGUCUCCCCCCACGCCGCCCCUGUCCUGUGCCACCUCAGGAUCACCCCUCGAGUGUGUGUGGGAUCACACUGGAGGGCAAAUACUGGGGAAACUGGUGGGACUGGGGGGGGGUGGGGUGGGCUGUUGGGGUAGGGGAUAGAUUAUGCACUGGGAGGGUUUUGCUGGAGGGUAGGGUGGGG